AUGGCAGUGACGCGUAGUGAAAAGGAAGAAGCGGAAGGCGAGGUGGGGAUUGUUGCAUAUGUCGAGGAGGAUUUGGGAGCAUUCAAAGAUGAAGCAAAGGAAUCUAAUAAUGAGAUUUUGUUGGAGAUUGCUACAGAACUUUUUAACAAGUACCAUCAUAAUCCAAUCUUCCUAGACGUAGUAGCUGCUCUUUUUUCGUCAAAAAAAACAGCAAAGGAAUGGGAAUCUUGUCGUGACAAAGUGUUGGAAACUUUGGGAGAUGCAUCAAAAACCAAUCCAUUUUACUUGAAACUUAGCAACUAUGAACAAUUACCCUCAAACAUUCAGAUGUGUGCGCGGUUUUGUUCGUUAUUUUCGAAGGAUUAUACGUUCAAUAAGACCGAUUUGAUACACUUGUGGGCUUCUCAACAAGAGGACUUAUUAAGUACAGCAGCAACAAAGUCGGUUGGGGAUGAAUAUUUUGAGGAAUUACUGAAAGAAGGGUAUUUCUUUGAAAUCAUUCAAGAGGGUACUGGUGACAUACUUGGCUAUAAGAUGCACUAUUUAGUGAAUGAGUUCCUAAAGGAAAUAGCAAAACCCGAGUUUUGUUUAGUCGAUGAGUCUAUUGGGGAAAUCAAUGCUGGUAGUAUUUUGAAUUUAAGUUUUAUUGUCGACUCUUCAUGGAAAGCACCAUCAUGGAUGCUUAAUGCUAAGAAUUUGAAGUCUCUUCUUUUCUUGCCAAGAAAAAACUAUGAAGAUUUUGUAGAAGUUUUAAAAUUGGACGAAAUCUUUACAAGUUUAACAUGCUUACGAGCAUUGGAUUUGGUUGCAAUGAAUUGCGAAACACUUCCAAGUUCUUUGGUAAAACUGAAGGAUUUAAGGUACCUUAGACUCGGCAUCUCCCUUGGAAGGCUUUCUGAGAGUGUCACAAGGUUGGAAAAUUUGAAGAUAUUGGACCUUCGACACUCUAGUAUAAUGGUUUUGCCAAGUGACUUUCACAUAAAUUUAAAGCAUCUAAGGCACUUGUAUGUUGGAAGUAGAUUGAUUGAUAUGCCAUCGGAAAUUUCGGAACUUAAGUCUCUCAACACAUUAGAUGAGUUUAUAGUCGGGAAAAAUAAUGGGUUAGAUACACUAGGUUGCUUGAAGCUUGUUGGGAAGCUAACAGUUCGUUUUGAAAAGAAAAAUAAGCAUCAUGAAGUAUUAAAGGAUAACAACUCAAUAACUGACUUGUCAUUGAUUUGGUCGCCUUCAUAUGGAGGACAAACCACAGGUGAUAAUAGGCAUCAUUUCUUGCAGCCGCCUACUAGUCUUGAGAGCCUAGCAAUUCGCGGUUGGAAGGAAGAAAGGUUCAGUAAUUUCCCUAUACUCGAGAAGCUUGUUUCUUUGUGUAUUGAAGACUGCAACAAUUGCAAAAAUCUACCAAAUUUGAGUGGGUUGCCUUAUCUGAGGUCUCUUCAACUUUGGGACCUUAAGGCGUUGGAGUACGUAGAGAAUGGUGAUGAUAAUAAUGAACACGAUGCUUCUGCUUCAUACUUCCCAUACUUGAAGUAUCUAACGUUGGCUAAUUUACAAGAGCUCAAGGGCUGGUCGAGUCGAAAGAAGGAAAAAGAAAUCAGUUUGAAUUGUCUUCAACUUAGAAUAAAAGGUUGCCCAAAGAUGAUGUCAAUGCCCCAAGUUCCAAAUCUUGAGUCCCUCGAAGCACAUAACAUCCACAAGACAUUGCUGAAAUUUCUCUCAACAUAUUCGUCGUCGUCGCCACCGCAACCCAUUACCAAAGUGCAGAAUCUGGAAAUUGUCUCAGUUGUUGAACUUGAUUCGACUAUCUCAUUCAUGGAAAUCAAGGGUUGUGAAAAGUUGAACUUGGGGGAUGACAACAUGGUAAAAGUAUGGGAAGGUCUCAAGAGUCUCCAAACCUUGAAACUCAUAGGUAUCUCCAACCUGGCGUCCCUCGAAAACAGCCUUAUGGCCCUUGAAAAACUUGAGGUACUCUCUCUCCAUUCAUUUUAUGAACUGAAAACCCUCCCGGAGUGGAUUGGGAAACUCACCAAGCUUCAACGCCUCGCCAUUCGAAAUUUUCCUUACUUAAUUGCACUUCCUGAAUCACUUGGUGACCUAUCUGCUUUAGAAGAGUUUCAAAUUCAAUGUUGCCCACUACUCAAACAAAUUCCCGAUUCUGUUACUCGCCUAAACUCUUUACAGCUUAAGAUUUAA